AUUAUUUCCUAAAUAAUUAGCAGUUGUAACAUCUAAUAGACCAUUUCGAUGGAAAUGGUCUAUUAGAUGUUACAACUGCUAAUUAUUUAGGAAAUAAUAUUGGUGUACAUAUCAGUUCUGGUUAUCAACAUUUCGGACGUGAAACGAUAUAUUCGACUGGUGAUGCAUCAGCUCCAUAUGCAGUGGCUGUUAGUGACUUUAAUCAUGAUAAUCAAAGUGAUAUAGUUGUAGUUAAUUAUGGUACAAAUAAUAUUGGAAUUUUUUUUGGCUUUGGUAAUGGAACAUUGAGUACAAUAGUUUUAUAUCCAUUGGAAAAUAAUGCUAAUCCAACAGCAGUUGCUGUAGCUGAUUUUAAUCACGAUAAUUAUUCGGAUAUUGCUGUUGUCAAUUAUGGUUCUAAUAAUAUAUAUAUAUUUUUUGGAUCUAUUAAUGGAAUAUUUUCUCUUGUAACAAUAUAUUCAACGGGUAUAGGUUCGAAUCCACAUGGAAUUACAAUUGGUGAUUUCAAUAAUGAUCAUAUAUUAGAUAUUAUUGCUGUAACUGCUGGCACAAAUGAAGUUAUUUUAGCACAAGGAUACGGAAACGGAACAUUUGGAAAUGAAACAUCAUAUACAACGGGUUAUAAUUUUAAUCCUUAUGCAGUUGCUGUUGGAUAUUUCAAUGGAGAUAAUUGGUUAGACAUUGCUAUUGCCAUUUAUCAAGGUGAUCAUAUAGAAAUUCUAUUAAAAACAUGUUAA